GGGGGUCGACGCUGUGAAGACAUCACGAGUUAGUGGGUCUGGGAACGGCGAGCACUGUUUCAGAAACGACGAUCGUUAAGAGGGAAGCAGACUGGUUCGUGAUUUCUCUGGGGGGCAAGCUCAUGUGAAGGGUUGGUGUGUGUGUGUGUGUCUUGAGCUACUCAUCCUCCUCGGGAACGCCGCGACAAUCGAGGGCCUCGCGCUGGCACACGUGCUCGGACAUCUCGGACCACGCGCAGGGCCAGGGGCUGCAUCUGGACGUCGUCGCUGCCACCGUGGCGAUCAAGAGAUGCGGAGACAGCAGCGAAUGGGCGAACGCGCUCGCGCUGCUGCGAGAUGUUUGCCGUUUGGGCUUGCAGGCCGACGUAUUUACAUUCAGUGCUGCAAUUGGCGCAUGCAGAAACGUAGGGCAAUGGCAGCAGGCAGUCUCUCUACUUCAAGAGAUACGGCACGUUCAAUUAGAGCCCGACAUCAGGACCUUCAGCAUUUUGAUCAGCGCGUGUGAGAGAGGCGGACAGUGGCAGCGGGCGCUUUCACUUCUGGGCGAUAUAGAAGAUGCGCAGCUUGAGGCAGACGUUGUUUGCUUCAGUGCUGCACUGAGCGCAUGCGAAAAAUGUAGGCAGUGGCAGCAAUCGCUGCUAUGGCUCAGCGAGAUGCGCACGAGGCAGCUAGAGCCUAGCGCGAUCACCUACAAUGCUGUCAUCAGCGCGUGUGGGGCAUCUGGGCAGUGGCGAGAUGCAGUGCUGAUAUUGAGCGAUCUGCAACAGCUCGAGGUGGAGGCAAGCGUCAUCACUUACAGCUCUGCAAUAAGCGCAUGCGAGAAAGGUGGUCAGUUGACGCUUGCAUUGUCUUUGCUUGGCGAGCUGCAGCAUGUGCGGUUGGAGCCAAACGUUAUCAGUUACAGUGCUGCCAUCAGCGCGUGUGAAAAAUGUGGAGAGUGGAAGCCGGCUAUGUUCUUGCUAGGCGAAAUACGGCAGAGGAGGUUGACACCGAAUAUCUUCACUUAUGGCGCGUCGAUAAGCGCUUGUGUGAACGGCGGGCGUUGGCAGCUGGCUCUUUCAUUAUUCGAUGGACUGCGCGAAUCAGAUUUGGAGUCUACCGUAAUCAGCCAUAGCGCUGCCAUCAGUGCCUGCGAGAAAGGUGGACAGUGGAAGCGGGCUGUGUAUCUUUUAGGUGUGAUGCGCCGAACGCAGAUGCGACCAAAUGUGGUCAGCUACAGCGCUGCCAUCAGCGCGUGCGAAAAGGGUGGGCAGUGGCAGGGGGCCUUGUCACUGCUAAGUCAGCUGCGGCAGACAAAGAUGGAGCAGAACAUUGUUGGCUUCAGUGCUGCAAUCAGUGCGUGCGAGAAGCUCAGGCGGUGGAAGGAGGCAUUGUGGGUGCUGCGCGAGGCGCGAUUCGCCCUACUCGAGUGUGACCUCAUCAGCUACAGCGCCGUUAUCAGCGCAUGCGAUAAGGGCCAGGAGUGGACUUGCGGGUGAUGGUGUCAGUGCGAAGAUCGGGGGCGCACGAAUGGGGCUUAACGGUGUGACCUUAUCGGUCCACUGGCUUGCUGGAAUCUGUUUGUUCGCGACAGGUCCUUGUUGGGGCCACCCCUCUCAGCCUCAGCUUCGACCGUGCAUUGCGACGCAAAACGAUGUAGUUGAAUAACACGUGUGUUUCUUCUCCGUGACAACGUGGAACCCAGCGGCCAUCAGCCAUUGGCGUUGCGCAGCAUCGGCGUGGAGUGAUUCUGUGAGGUGGCGAAGUGGAGCGUCGUUUGCUUAUUGUCGAUUCAUCUCGUUCUUUUGCAUGAUUGGCCUCUCUGUGUCGCGUUCAACGCGUCGGCCUGACGUCAUACUCGAUAGAGGCCGCGACGAAGGCAUACGGGGUGACAACUUUAACUGGUGUGGGCUUUCAAGCCGAGACUCCGAUUGAAGAUGUUUGGUGUGAACCUCGACAUCGGAACUGCUACAUUGGGGCGAAGACUAGGAUCUCGCGCGAACUCUUGAGGGACCGAUAUCAGCCAUGUACACGGCAAGGGGGCGGGUCUGGUCGCCAUUCUUGCGAAGCGCGCAUGUUCCCACAUGCCCGGGCCCUGGAGGUUUCGACAACUUUCCGGGACCGCUUCUUCAUCCCGAGUCGUCGUUUGACGGUCUGGCGCCUGGCAGUGGCAAUGGCUCGUUGCGGCCGAAGGCAAUGAAGUCAUUCCCGCCGUCCUUCUCUCACUACGCGAGGGAACCCCCCCUGGGGAUCCGGA